AUGGCAUACAUCGCGCCAGCAGACCUGGACAAGGUGCUGCGACGAGGCAAGGCAGGCGACGACCUGGGCAACAAGAUUGCAGAGGCAAUCUCGCUCAUAGAGGGCGUGCUCGACGAUCUUGGCGAGUCUGGUGUCGCGCUUUCGUUCAACGGAGGAAAGGAUUGCACUGUGCUGCUGCAUCUCUUCGCGGCGGUGCUGUACGAGCGGCACAACAAGGUCUCGGCGUCUCUCCAGCCGGCGCACACGGACAUUUCGCAGCUGCCGCAUGGUUCCGGUCCAGCAGGCGAGUCGUCGGCCUCAGCCAAGGCAUGUCAGGACGCGCCCAUCGCGUCGCCACCACCGCUACCGGCGUGCGUCAACGGCUCGGCGUCGGCGUCGGCGUCGGCGGAGCCUGUGGCCAACGGUCAGCCAGCGACGCACCACCGCGCACACCAGUCCGCGCCGUACCCCGUCAUCCGGAGCGUGUACUUCACCUCGGCCAACCCCUUCCCCGAGAUGGAGGCGUUCGUGAUUGAGAGCGUGAACCGCUACGCGCUCGACCUGUACCGCUUCGGUGGCGGCAUGAAGGCCGCGCUGUCAGAGUACCUCAGCUGCUUGGGAGGGAGCGAGGUGCGCGCCAUCUUGCUGGGAACGCGGCAGGGCGAUCCCAAUGGAAAGGUGGCAGUGCUCGCGCCGACCGACCCAUCAUGGCCCCAGGUUCUGAGGGUCCACCCCGUGCUCGACUGGACGUAUGACGACAUCUGGUCAUUCCUGCGUGAGCUCGACGUCGAGUACUGCAGCCUGUACGAUGAGGGAUACACAUCCCUCGGCUCUACCACAAACACACUCCCCAAUCCCUACCUCAAGACGGCCACUGGUUACGAACCUGCGUGGAAGUUGCGAGAUGGCUCGCAGGAGCGCGCAGGCCGAACCUAG